ACGAUGUUAGAAAGUGCACGACCGCGACUUUCCGUAAAGCUUAGAACCGAUAAUCACUUUUUCCCCAGCUUCCCCGUUCUUUUACGUAAUAUGCCGAGCGCGUUGAACGCUCCGCGUUUUUCCUAUCGGAUCGAGAGAACUCGUACAACAUCGGCGCGAUCCUAGCAUGCUAAGAGACCGCGUUGAACCCUCGUCAUCUACGACCGCGGGUCCUCCUUACAUUUACCUGCUCUGUUGCCUCUCUUCUACAUACACACAGGACACGCUCACCCAUCGGUUUACUCGCUCACCCACUCGCUGACUCACACAUCCGCUCAUUCACGCAACACGCAACAAGCCUGCACGUACAUUCGUUGACUACCUGACGAGAACUCGAGCUCGGCCAGUCACGUGGCCACGCUGAUUGCGAAGGAUGUUUGUGGGAUCGCAAAGUCAGUCCGCGGCGGACAGUCUGUCGAGAAAGAGAGGAUAGAGGCGGCGCGAUCGGAUGGAAGAGAAGGAGGAGCAGAACGGAGAAGGAGAUACUGAAUCGGGGAUAUUACCUAAGGUCUUCGUCGUUGCUCUAGCUCUACCUGUCCGAAGGCGUUCGGAGCGCGUUGUUUCGGCUCGCUUCUUCGUAACUUUGCGAAAUAUAUAAAACACUCGGCAAAGUGUUGGCGCGAUCGAGAGCGGGAAAAAUCUUCGUCGACGAGAUGAAAAGAGGAAUCCCCGCUAUUUGGAGCUAUGUGGAUGGAGGGAACUCCUCCCACGAGGAGUUUUAGAAAAUUAUUAUAAGAAAACAUUUACGUUGGAGGCGAAGAAUUAAUCAUUCUAUUGUGCAUUAGAAAGUGAGGAUCGCGUGAUAUUUUGCGGUGCACUGAAACGUGGAAGAUGUGCAAUGUGACGCAGAGCGAGACUCGGAAGUGAAGAUGCGGAUGAGAUCGAAGACGAAGUGAUUGAGUGUUUCUGCUUUGCAACGCUGACGAAGUUUUAUUUGUUUUUUUUAUUUACAUUUUCUUCUUCAUCGAACUGUCGAGUGAAUUUUUAAACAGAGGAUUCCAGGAAGGAAAUAUAACAAAGGGAUACAUUACAUUCGGGAAAGCUUCUGCAAAUUCAUGAUAACGACCGAUCGCGAAUUUUUAGUACGCGCUGCGGAAGCGGUAUGCGGUAGAAAGUUUAUUCGCGACACGCGAUAAACCAGAUUCGUAAAGAGCAGCGAGACUGUUGGAGAAUCUAUUUGUAUACACUCUUCAUAAAAAGAAAGCACGAACGAUCGAGAUAGAAAGCCGAGUAUCGAGACCGUAACAACAUCUCGAAGAUCAGCCGGAAUAAAAGUUGAGUUAAAUAAAUCUCCGAUGAAAAAUCCAAGCCUUCUUUAACGUAGAAUUUAUUAACCAACGCAAAGAUAUUUAACAACAAAGUGAUUCCUACAAGGUUUUGUAUAUAAAAUUACUCUAGUGAUUUCGCAAGAUGACACAUCACGAUCGCAAUUCGUUCGCGAAGGAAUGAAGAAUUUAAGAAAUUUAAACCGCGCAUGUGAGAGAAUUAAUGAGCCAACUAUGUUCACGAUUUUCACGGAAUUGCAUGCAAAAUCCUAUCGGUGGUGAUAUCGCGGGGCAUCGGCACGAUCGCGACCCGCUUACGAAUAAAGAGGACGACGUGGGGACUUGAGGGGAGAGAAACGAAAGAGAAGAGACGAAAAAGAAGGAAACAGUGAAUCGAUGCGCAGUAAGAUUGCGGUGAUUUCGCUGGCGCAAUAGUGUAAAAGCGUGUAGCGACGUUGCACAACACUCCUGUCAUUUCUGAUCCGCAUUCAGCGUACAUGCUCGUUCAUGCGUUUUAAGCGAAUGGAAAUUCUCACACAAACACGUAGCUUUGUAAACGAUAUCGCUAGUUAUCUCGCAUUUCAAAGGAAAUAUCGACGUUUUAUUUAUUCACAAUCGCGAUCGCGAUUCUAAUAACGAAACACUAUUGUCGCAAAUGUUAAAUCAAUUUUUCUGUUAGAAAUUAUUUAUUUUUCGAUUUUAGAAGAGAUAGUAACAUUUUGUUGAUUCAUGGUAUGAUUCAUUAGUGGAAAAAGUUUAUGAAGCACGUAAAACACUUUAUUUAUCGAGAGUUUAUUUCAUAUUUCUCACAUUCAUAACUGAUACGUACGCGAUAAGAAUGAUGAUAAAUGUAUCGUCUCUUAUCUUGGAAAUACCCGAACGUAGUUUUCAUCGCGCCAGGUGAAGGUGCCACGCGUUAUACUGACAUAUAGUGGAUAGUACGCAUAUUUUUAUUGAAGAAAUUGUUUUAGGGAAGUAGGCAAUUAGUUGGUUCGAGAACUAAGAUCUAAUUAGCAAUCGUAACUAGUCUUUAUUUAAUCAUAUUAUGAAAUCAUUUUAUAAUGAUAUAUUUCACACUUUGAAGUGCUGCAUAUAUCUUUGUUAGCAUGACAUUUUAAAAGCUGUCGCUAAUAUUACGAAUGACAUAAAAUUAAUGGAACACCGUUAAUCGACAUUAAAGUAUUUUCCAUCGAGAAUUUCAUUUCGAAUGUGACAUUUUGUCGUAUUAAAUAUAUACUUUCGCACAAAUAAGCGCGUUGUCAUCGAGAAAUGAGCGGUUAGGCGAUCCGAAAAACGUGCGGAAUGCAGUUGGCAACCAGUCAGAGGCCUCACCCGCCUCCGGUGCCACCUCGGCCGAGUCGGCAGGUGGUUGCCGAAGCCCUUAAGAGGUCGCCAAGGCCGCCCUGUCCUACUAGACAGGCACCGCCGCCGCCCAACACGAAGCCCUGGAGAUCCAAUCAACAACAAACGCAACAGCAACAAGUGGACCCAACACCGGGUGGACGCACGAUCGUGUAUGAGUCCAUCAAGGAGGAUUGCAAGGACGAGAAUGCGCCCGACGAUAUGCGAAAUCGCAAGCAAGUGCGAAACACGAUCGACAAAAAUGCCGAGAACAGUCGGUUAGAAAAUGCAGGCAAGAUCGCCACGUCUCAUGAACACCAUGAGGUCUGUACGAACACUAGCUCAGGAAAGCUUUAUCCUACGGGAAACAUCCCGGCGAACAUCGUGCGGAAGCACAACAGUCUGACUGAGGAUCAACGGCCUCAACACAGACUGGAGACUCAAAGAAAUUCCCGCGGGAAGGAUUCGAUUGAUUUCGGAUCGGAUUAUCGAGGACGAUGCACAGCUUCGCCAGGUAAAGAUCAACGGAAGGAGAGUAAUUCUGUCGCCGCGACGGAGAGAGUCGAAGCGACGUUGACGAUGACGAAGCUACCGGCAGCUGUCAGAACUGUCAACGUGUCCUUGGAAGACGGGCAUCAUGCUUCGUUAUCUAGUCCGGAUUCCGCUGAUGGGCAAGUCAUGGUGAGUCAACCGGAAAAAUGCAACGGCAAUCCGGAGAGAGAGGCGGAUGACGAGCAGGUUAAAUCGACGCCCACGUGCAGAUCGUACUCUGGUGAGCAGCAGCAGCAGAAACAGCAUCCGGAAAUUUUCUCGAAGGCGAAGGGAAAGGCUACCGGGAAUGACGACGCUGAAGCUGUAUCCUCGAUCGAGAGAUCGACGAACGUCCCGAGCGUUGACCGCGCCGCCACCGCGGUGCUCGUCAUGGACGAACCAGAGCAUAAAAUCGCGCAUAGCGAUCACGAGGACAAUAACGAUGAUGAUAAUGACGGCGACAACAACAUCCAUCGACAGGAUUGGCUAGAAGCAGGAGUCCAUUACUCUUCCACUCAGAUCACUCUACACGGAGACGACAUCAUCGACGGGGAUCGUAUCAAUGGUUACGAUCAUCACGAGGAGGAGAGGAUCACUGAUCUUGAUUUUAUCAGUAUACAAGAAAGGAUCGCGAUGUCUUCCUUGCAAGGAUUACCCCCGUUACCUAGGAGCCUGAGCGGUUUCAACCUGAGCGGACGCGGCGAGAGCGGCGAGCCACCUCCACCGCCCACGAGGUCGUCAAGUAAAUCCCAAAGAGGCAAUAAACCGUCGUCAUCGAGGCCAUCGCCACCUGCCAGACAGCUCACCACCCUGGAUACCCAGCUGGCGGUGCUCAGGAGAGAAAUGUUUGGAUUGCGGCAACUCGACCUCUCUUUGCUAUCGCAAUUGUGGUCCUUGAACGAGUCGAUCCAAGAGUUUCGACAAUUGCUACAAGAGCAAGAGGAUCGAGCGCCUUCGCCGUCGCCCAGCAGCGAAGAGGGAGACGACACAUCCGGAACGCUUCCGCCACCACCUCCAAGAAGGCCGGCGCCCACGCUGCAUCAUCAUCGACCGCCGCGACCGCCUAGGCUACCCAGACCAUCAGCCAGCGACGAAUCGCCAUCGAGCGAAGAGUACGGAGCCGUUUGACGUAUCGUUACUGAGAGGAAGAAAUACUCGAGAAAGUCUCGAUCCUCUCAUCGCACUUAAAGCGGCGUGUCUUGGGGAACGCCGAUAUAUACGAGAAAAGAUCUCGAGAGACUAACGUGAAAACAGAAAUUGCGAGGAUGGGCAUUUUCUAUCGGCAGUUAAGACUCGCAUGUGAUGUGACAUUUAAUUACAAACUACUAAUUCCUAAAGGUACCUGCAACGUUAUUUGUCGGGUUACUCAAGGUUCUAUAAAAUCAACGAUCUAUAAAAAGGUUUAAUUCUCUUUAAUUCUCGAUUGGGAUCGACUCAAUCAUUUGACCGAGAGAAAUUAUACUCGGUAAAUAAAUCGCAAUUGUACACACGCAAACGGUUAUCUAUUUAAGGAAGGUGUUGCUUGAAGAAAUUAUGAUCUAUGACGCUGCUUUAGCAUGAAAGAAGGACUUGUAAUCAAAUGGAAGAUUAUGAUAGUUUAACCGUUAUUGCGGCGAUCGUUUUCCUUAUGCAGGGUAAUAAUUGUUUUGCGCAGGCUGAAGAAGAAGAGUGUUGAUUUGCCAAUUCGCAACAACCAACGACAUUCCGUAUAUGUCGCACUCUCUAGAUUAAAAAAAAAAAAGGAUUCGAUUGCCACGAGUGAGAGCUAAUUUUAGCUCGGCUGUUCUCCUCUCUACUUGUGAUAGUGCUCGAAGGGGCCUUUGAUUAAUGAUAAUCACAUCCAUAUUUGUGCAGAUUAAGAUUCAAGACUUCGCCCCGCCGCGAAGCGACCAUAACAGAUCCGAGCCCGUUGCACCACGAUUCUUUGGUGCUAUAGUCCGAAAAAUAGCACGAUUUAUUGACAUCAUUUAUCUAGAAUCUAGAAAAUAGCUAGUGAGUUUGAAAGAAUUACGAUGUUCUUUUCUCUUUCGUGUUUUUAUACUGUUGUGCUCAUUGCAAAGUUCAUCCUCCUUGUUGAUAUUCUCGAGUUACUUGCGUAAUUAGAUCUAUUGUACACGCGAGAAGGAAGAAAAAAUAUAUCUUUGAAAAAUAUAAUUAGCGGGAUUUCUAUAAACAUGCGAUUUCCCACUAAGUAUUCUUUUCUCUGUGACAUCCAUCGAAUUUCCGUGCGUAUGAUAUUUUCGAAAAACUUAGGAUUAUCAAUGUUUUGCAGUGUUCUUUCGCUUAGAUUAGCACGAGUUGUGUAUAAAGAUAUGAUGUAAGACUAUGCAAAAUAAAUUAAACUUAAUUUAAA